CUUGAAUUGAGGUUGACUUUUUUCUUUUCAGAAUUGUUCCAAGAAGAUGAUGACAGAUGCACUGAUUAUGGGAGUCAUGACAAAUCAGGGUCCAUUUUAGGAAGGCAUGUGCUAGACAGGAACGCACUAUUCCCAGACAGCUUCCAAACAAAUCACCUUUUGUUUUAUGACCGAUUUAAAGCCUAUCAGGAUUACAUCUUGGCUGACUGCAAGCCCUCUGAGGUAAAAGAAUUCACAGCUGAGUACUUAGAGAAGGUCCUUGAACCAUCUGGAUGGCAAGCAAUCUGGCGCACUAAUGUGUUUGAGGUGCUGGUCGAGGUUGUGGAUGUGGAGUACUCUGCUCUGAAAGCUGUGGUUCGGCUCAGUGAACCUUUCCUGUGUGACUCCGAUGUUAGCACCUUUACCUUGGAGUGUAUGCAAGAGCUCUUGGAGCUGAAGGAGCAUCAGUUACCACUGCAGGAGCUGUGGGUUGUGUUUGAUGAAUCAGGAGAGUUUGACCAGACAGCCCUGGCUGUAGAGCAUGUCAGAUUUUUCUACCAGCACAUAUGGAGGAGUUGGGAUGAAGAGGAUGAGGAUGACUUUGAUUAUUUUGUCCGAUGUGUUGAACCUCGACUGAGACUGCACUACGAUAUACUUGAAGAUCGUGUCCCAUCUGGACUUAUUGCUGAUUACCACAGUCUGCUGUCUCAGUGUGAGGUGCUCUACAGGAAGUUCUUAAACGUGAGGAAUGGCUUAUCAAGCAGCGACUCUGAUUCUGAGGCAGAAAAUGUUUCUAUGGUGGAAGGCUUAAAGCUGUAUGAUGAGAUAGAGCAUCUGAAGCAAAAGCUAAAGCUCAUUGAGAAUCCUCUCUUGAGGUAUGUAUUUGGUUACCAGAAGCACACUGGUCUGCAAGCCAAAGGCUCCCGUCCACUGGGAACAAAGAUCACUCAUGUUGUGUCUUCUACUAUAAUGGCAAAUCUGUUGCAGUCUCUGCUCAGGGACAAGCUUUGUCCUGAAUCCUGUGAUGAAGAACUAGAAAUACAGUUCCACAGUGAUCCACUGACAGCUGUCAAUGCCUGUUAUGAAGGAGAUACUGUCAUCAUCUGUCCUGGCCGUUAUAUUAUAGAAGGCAUGUUCUGCAUUACUGACUCAAUUGAACUAGAAGGAUAUGGUCUACCAGAUGAUAUUGUGAUAGAAAAGAGGGGCAAAGGAGACAACUUCGUUGACUGUACAGGGGCAAAUAUAAGAAUCUCUAGUUUGAAACUGGUUCAGCAUGAUGGAGUAGAGGGGAUCUUAAGUGUUCACCAUGGGAAAACCACAUUGGAGAACUGUGUGCUACAGUGUGAAACUACAGGGGUUACAGUGAGAACAUCAGCUGAGCUAUUAAUGAAGAACUCUGAUCUGUAUGGUGCCAAGGGUGCUGGUGUUGAAAUAUAUCCCGGUAGCACAUGUACCCUGCAGGGCAAUGGCAUACACCACUGCAAGGAGGGAAUCCUCAUAAAAGAUUUCUUAGAUGACCAUUAUGACAUGGCCAAAAUAACCAUGGUGAACAAUGUGAUCCAUAAUAAUGAAGGAUAUGGAGUUGUCCUGGUUAAGCCUACAGUUUCCUCUGAUGUAAAGGACAUUGCUGCCAAAACUUCAGAAGGAAAUAUACAGACUAUCCAGUCAAGUGACGAGACAGACAAUGUAGAAGACUUGGGACCUGAAGAGCUACAUGAAUGUGCAACAGAUGAAUUGGAGCUCCAUGGGAGAGCUGAGAUUUUUGAACAAACUGAAGGCAAUUAUGAAAUUGCAAAUGAACUUGCUGCUACCUCUGUAAAGAAGAGCCAGAUGCACAAGAAAAGGCUGAGUAAACUGGGAAUCACACAGGCUGAUGACAACAUAAUGUCUCAGGAAAUAUUUGUUUCUAUCAUGGGCAAUCAGUUCAAACGAAAUGGGAAAGGAAGUUUUGGCACGUUCCUCUAUUGACUGUCCUGAAUUGAAAUGCCAUUGGAGAAAAUGAUUUGCACAAGCUGUUGUGUUCACAGUUUUGGCCUAACUUAUCUGCCUUUCAUUAUGUUGCUAGAAUGUGAUGACAUUCAAGCAUAUUUUUUUAACAGUGUGCAUGUUGCGUGUGUGAAGUUGCUUCCUUGCAGCAGAUGUGGAAAACAGAACUCCAAUAUGGAAACCUUGUAUGGACAUUGCUGAUCUGCAAGCUCUUUAUUAGCAAUGUACUUAUUUUACAACAGUAUUUAUCUAACUACUAAAUGUAAAACAUUUAAACUAGGCACCAGAGGGGGACUAUGGAUAACAGCUGCAACAAUAUAACCUUCUCUAUGCUGUUUCUUAACCAGGACCGAAGUGGUUCUGAUUUCCAUGUAAUAGUGGCCUGGUACUUCAUUCAUUUGUUAAUAAAAGCGUUUUUUUAAUUAGGGUAUUAAUCACUUAUUUAUUCAGAUAUUGGGGGUUACUAGUCUUAGUUAUAAGACUUAUUAGGAAACCUGUUGAACAUCUGAAAAGAUGGUAUUGCUCAAAUCAAUGCAUAUGCAACUCUAGCACUUCAGAGUGCUAAAAAUAUCAGGGUGCUUUUUCAUCAGACAUAGUAGUGUUCUGAAUUGCCACAAUUUCUAAAUGAAAAGGAAUGAAAGUAACGUGACUAUGUUAUAUUUUUUUCUGUGUAACACAAUGCCUUUUAAAUAAUAAAAAGUGUUAAUUGUGGCAUCAGGCCAUACUCUGGAAUUUUUUCUCCAGCACAUGGCAAUUUUAAUCAAUAAAUCAAAGGCAAAAUGUAUCCGAUCUAAUCCUGCUAGGCAGUCACCUCUGUACUGCACAAAGUUCAUGGAAGACUGAGGGUCCACUCUCAAAUUACUACUUGGUCCUAACUUGGAGAAAAACUUGCAUUGACUUCCUGAGUGAGAAUUUAGUCCAAUAACUGCUGUAGUACCUUUCUGGAGUAAUUGUAAUAACGCCUUCUUAAGAUUCUUUAAACUUUUGUUCUUUAAGACUUACAGAUUUGCUUUUUUUGUAAUUUGUAAUGUAUGUAAGAAUAUUAACAAGUAGGGUGAGGACUUGGAAGUCACGUAAGAUGUAAAGUAAUACAGUUUGCUGAUAUUGGGAUGAUUAAGCACUUGCAAAGUUAGACUGAAAAAACUUCAGAAGAUAGCUUAACGUAAUGUAAAACAAGAAGUGAAAUGCAUAGCUUGUUUAAAAAUUGAUAGGGGUGUGUCUUUAACACUCUUCUCCCCAACCUCAAUCAAGUGGUGAUUAAAUAUCUUCCUCUAUUUUAUGCAAUUAGUUAUUGGUGCUGAGGAAAAAGGAAAAUUUAUAGAUUUUGGUCAGCAUUGUUUAGCUUACUGUAAUUUGCACUGUCAGUAGAACUGUAGAAAACUUAUUGCUGUUCCCUGCUUUUCUAUCCCAACUUUUGCAUGCUUUUCCACUUAAGACACACAAAUUAAUAUUUAAUUUUCAUUGAUUGCCACUGAGAAUUGAAUGCCACACAGAUCCCAUUUUCACUCAUUAAGCACAGAUCCUUGCAUUUCUGCUAGUCAACAAACACAAGUUUGCUAGUCAACAAACACAAUAUAUGAUGGCCAUAUAUUUGGUUUGAGGAUUUUAGUUUUAAGAUUUUAGUUUCAUGGAGGUUUAAGCAUAUAGCAGGCAUGUUGUUACGUUUAUUUUCUGAUCUGUAAUCCCAAUUAAAGAACUGGUGCAAAAAAAGGCCUUUGUUCU